AUGGAGGAACCAACCUACGAUUCCAGCCGGCCCAUGCCAGAUAUCCAGAUCGCAUACAACUACAAGCUCGCAAAUUGUCCCGGAAAGACAAUCGUCGGGCUACGCGUUACUUUCCCACCAAACGGCUCAACUCCACCUCACCGACACGGAGGUUCCUCGGUCGCUGCAUAUGUGAUCAGCGGCGCUCUCCUCAACAAGAUGAACAACGAUCCUAUGAAAAUGAUUCCUACGGGUGGUACAUGGUACGAGGCUCCUGGCUGUCAUCAUCGCAUUAGCGACAAUGCUAGUAAUACAGAGCCGGCUGUUCUGUUCGCUACGCUCAUCCUGGAGACAUCUGUGUUUGAGCGAGACGGGAUGGAUGCACUCAUUCAGAUUGAUGAAGAGUAUCGCUGA